UCAUGAUCACAUGUUCCCGAUUCAUUGACGAAUACAGAUACGUACAUACAGUUACUUGAAAUGCUACUUGGUGCUCCCGCUACGACCCUCUAGCUUACUGCAGGCCCCGUGACCUCCAGAAGCAUCGUCACCGGCCGCGACUCCGCAAUCGCAGGCUCGUCGUGGUCGACAGCCGGCGAGGAAUUCGCGUGGUACGGGUGCAGAUGCAUGUCCAUGUCCAUAUCCAUCUCCCGCUCAGCCAUUUCAGGGUGAUGGAUGUCCGAGUCUCCGUCCCAUCCCGGGUGCAGGUACUCAGAGUCAUCGGCGGGCGCGAGCGCGACGGGGUCCGCCAUGUUCACUACACUCGCUUCAGAGCGCGAAGGGACCUCCGAGCUGCGGUUCGACACUGGCACAUUCGGCUCCUCGUGAUCGUCUUCGUCGUCGUGCCACCCCGAGCGCAAGGCGUCCAUAGUGGGGUUCCGAGCGCCCGAGUCGAAUGCGAUCCUCGGUGCCGGAGGUCUCACCGGAAUAACAUCGGGUUUCUCAGCCAGCACGGGCACGGCUGGGCUCGGCGGAGGACGGGCGGCAGCGGCGGCGGAGGAGGGCGGGGAGGAGGACGGGCCCCAGAAGGACCACAGCCCUGUCGGCGAGGAAUUCAUUUCCGGCAGACGGCUGCCUGCCCAUCGGAUCUUCUCCUGAUGCGCCCGCUGUUGCCGGCGACGGCACACGACGAACAGCGCCAGGCCCAGCAGCACACACCCAGCAACGACUGGGACAAUGAUCUCGAGCAGCAGCAGCUUCGGUUGCGCGGACCUCGAGGUCGGCGCUGGGGUUGUGCUGUUAUUUGCACCCGCAGGUGUCGCUGCGAGGGAGGGCGUAGACGUCACUGAUCUGAGCCGCUGUGAGCAAGAUACUGCGGGAUGCUCGACGGAAACACGCACACCGAGGGCUCUGCUACCGCCAACGUCGCCGGCAGCGAGGCGAGCACAGACAUCGUCGAGGCGGAGAAAAAUAGUCCGGUCGAGGUCGUCCUAAGACGAUGCGGGGGGUGAGUCCUAUCGCGCAGGGGAAAGAGUGGUCAGGAGACGCACGAGGACUGGCCGACCGACGGCGUCGCCGCGAGCGCCUGGGUGUCAUCCCGCACACCGUGCCCUCCCAGCACAUGUCCUAAUCGGAAUCGUGCGGUAGCAAGGCCAUUGUUGGCUAGGAGCGUGGCGAGAAGUAUCAGAGGAUUGUAGAUCGGAUUGCGCAUCUGUUGACGUCCCAUCUCAACAACCUGUACAGAGCACGGACGGAUGUGAGAUCCACAUACAGUACACCAAAAUUGGACCAGCCACUCUGCGUCUCACGUACCGUGCGCGAGUGAGUUCAGAAGGGAAAGAUGGGAGGCGCUGCCAGACAGGCAGUGAUCACCAUGCGAAGAACAUAGGUCUCCGGAAAGAACAACCAUCCAUCCAUCCAUCCAUGCGCUGCCUGUAACUUGUUGCAGCUGAUGUUGCCCCCGCGCGUCGUCCGUCGAUCCUGAUUCGUGAUCGGAAUCACCACCGUCGCAACGGUAGAUGCUUCACGGAA